AAACUUUAAGAUGCCGUCUCAUGGUCAGUCAUCGUCGUCGUCUUCAUACAUAUUCCACGACUUCAAUUCUACUGCUCCGUCGCCGGCGUAGAGUAGCGCAUCGACGAUAUACUUCAAUACGAUCAUCAUCAUUAUCAUCAUCAUGGUAACCAGCUUUAUCUCGUUGAUAUUUGUGGUUUUGAUCUCUGUUUCCGUGGCUGCAAGUGACGAUGGCGAUUUCCGCGGUGCUGUAUUCGGUGUAAAUUCUAAAUUCUCCGGCAAGGAACGGUCACUUAGUCUUUUCAAAGCUCAUGAUAACCUCCGUCACCUUCAGAUUCUAGCAUCCGGUGUCGACCUACCUCUCGGUGGAACCGGUCGUCCUGAUGCCGUCGGGCUUUACUAUGCCAGAAUUGGAAUUGGAACACCACCAAAGGAAUAUUAUGUUCAAGUAGACACAGGAAGUGACAUAAUGUGGAUCAACUGUAUACAAUGCCACGAGUGCCCUAAGAGAGGCUAUCACGGGCUGGAACUUACACUAUACGACCCAGAAGAUUCGUUCACGGGGAAUUUGGUUACAUGCUCUCAAGACUUUUGUGCAGAGAUCAACGGUGGUGCAGUUACUGGUUGCAAGGCCAACGCAUCUUGUCUGUAUACCGAGACUUAUGGCGAUGGGAGCUACAGUAUUGGUUACUUCGUAAUGGAUGUUGUCCAAUAUGAGAGUGUGUCAGGUGACUUGCAAACCAAGAUGGCUAAUGGAAGUGUUAUAUUUGGAUGCGGUGCUAGACAAUCUGGGAACCUUGGUUCUUCUGAGGAUGCACUCGAUGGGAUUCUUGGUUUUGGAAAAGCAAAUUCAUCAAUCAUUUCACAGUUGGCUUCAUCUGGGAAGGUGAAAAAGAUGUUUGCGCAUUGUCUAGAUGGUGAGAAUGGUGGUGGCAUUUUUGCAAUCGGGCAUGUUGUUCAGCCAAAAGUUAAUUCAACACCUUUGAUCCCAGAUCAGCCUCACUACGCUGCCAAUGUCAUGGGAAUUGAAGUUGGUACCCAGUUCCUAAAUCUUUCAACAAAUACGAAUGGUUCCGGGGACAAGACAAGAACAAUAAUAGAUAGUGGUACGACAUUGGCUUAUCUUCCAGAUGCGAUCUACAAUCCCUUGGUGAAAGAGAUAGUCGCAGGGCAGUCUGAUUUGAGAUUACGUACUCUUCACGACCAGUAUACAUGCUUUGAAUUCUCCGGAAGUGUUGACGAUGGAUUUCCUAUGGUUACGUUCUAUUUUGAAAAUUCACUUUCCUUGAAGGUUUACCCGCAUGAUUAUUUAUUCGUCUUUGAAGAUUUCUUGUGUUUUGGCUGGCAAAACAUUGGCAUGGACUCCAUAAGUUCAACGGACACAAUUUUAUUGGGAGAUUUGGUACUAUCAAAUAAGUUGGUCUUAUAUGAUCUUGAGAACCAGACGAUUGGAUGGACCGAGUAUAAUUGUUCUUCAAGCAUCAAACUGAGGGAUGAAAUUACUGGAUCAGUGCAUCUAGUCUUACAGGAUAUGUUUGAUACAAUACAUACACAUCGGUAUCCAACAAAAACUGUUGGUCUAUCUGUGUGCAGAUCUAAUAUGGCAUUAGGUACGUUACUGGUCAUAUAAUUGAUCGAUUACUGUGGUGAGAUAUACAACUUUCUCUGCUUUAAAACGAAGAGCUCAUCUCUAGAAACCAAAAUGGUGCAUGAUUUCGUUUAAGGUGUGUUGGUAUGUGGACGAGACUAGAUGGGUAAAAUGGUAAAAGUGAGGUAGGCAGCUAAAGAACUGUGGAAGGUUUUAGAGUUUUUAUUUGACAUGGGUAGUUUAGUAAUUUACCAAUCUUGUCUCAUCUUCUUGAUUUUUAUUCCACCCAUACUGGUGGGAUAUAAAAAAUGCAUUUUGUCUCACGUGGGUCUUGUUCUGUUUCAAUGUAAUGUUGCGUCAAACGUGAGACAACAAUUUUUGUAUUUGUACAGUCCCGUUUUGUCCUGUGUAUCUAAAUAUCUAGACAAAAUAGGACAUGAGAUAACAACAAUUGUUUAACUUUUGGUAAAAUAGAAUUGGACAUGGCAUAAUAAAUAAAAUGAC